CAUUGAGCAGCUGCUGAGUGCAGUCUAUUUUUCUUACAAAAAGUUGAAAAAAAGAAACGAAAGCAUUAGUAGAAAUCAAUUUCAGUUGGUUUUCAUUAAAGCGUUGUUUGGUUUUAACUUACGUCAUCUACCAAAAUGUUUAAAAAGCCCAGUUCCGGUAAAAAAACCAACUUGUCGCAGUUUGGUCUACUAGACGUAGAUAUAGAUGACGAUGGUGACGAGCCAAUGGAUCUCUCUGACGAUGACGUGGACUUGGAAGCAGAGCUGGCAGCAAUUAGCGGAGGUGGACCCAAACGCCACCGGCCCAGGAAGCCUGCUCCGGUCGCCUCAGCCAAUCUAGACGCCAUGAUUGCUGCUAGCUUGAAGGAUAUUCCAUCUGAUGAGGAGGAUACUGGUGAUGAAGAUGACCCAGACCUCCUCAGUGAACUUAAAGAACUGGCCAUAGACGACGACGAGGCGCCCCCGCCCCCGCCGCGGGCGGCGCGCCCCGCCCCCCCUCCGCCCGGGGCCCCUACAAGUGGACAGAGUAGCACCAUAAGCCUGCUGCAAGACAGGAUCUCAAACUAUGCUAUGGCUGAGAAAGCUGCUAAGGAGAGUGGAGAGAGCAGUAAGGCUAGGAGUGUGUUAAUUUUGUCUUUUAUUGUGAUAUUUACCUGCCUCCCUCCGCUUGGGGCCCCUACAAGUGGACAGAGCAGCACCAUAAGCCUGCUGCAAGACAGGAUCUCAAACUAUGCUAUGGCUGAGAAAGCUGCUAAGGAGAGCGGAGAGAGCAGUAAGGCUAGGAGAUUCGGUCGCGGUCUAAAAACGCUAAACGACUUACUAAAACAAGCCAAAGCUGGUCGCCCUGUCAAGGAUGAGGAUAUCCCCCCGCCAGCCAGUAUCGGGAAGCCGGCACCUCCACCAGAAGCCCCUAUAGACCCGGAACCAGUGGCAAUGGAACCGGAGCCGGUGUCUAUGGACCCGGAGCCGUCUGCGCCGGAGCCCGAGGAACCCCCGAGUUUGCCGGAGCCGUCUCAUCCGCCACCGCCGCCGCCUAAUGUCGAAGAGGUGGACCCUGAGAAACAGGAAGGAUUGAAUGUUAUUUUGAAACGCAAAGAAGAGUUCAAACUCGCAGCGCUCUCCGCCAAGCGAGCUGGUGACAAAACCCUCGCGUUGGAAUUCCUCAAAGUGGUCAAACAGUUUGACCUCGUAGUGGACGCGUACAAAGCAGGCCAGGAGAUGGACCUCAACGAACUGCCCACGCCACAGAUGAUAGAGGCAGCUGUCAAAGGCCAGAAGGAAGAGAGCCAGGUCCAGACGUCUGAAGUGGACGCGUACAAAGCAGGCCAGGAGAUGGACCUCAACGAACUGCCCACGCCGCAGAUAAUAAAGCCAGCCGUCAGGGGCCAGAAGGAAGAGAGCCAGGUCCAGACGUCUGAAGUGGACGCGAACAACGAGCUGCACACGCCGCAAAUGAAAGAGGCAGCUGUCAAGGGCCAGAAGGAGGAGAGCCAGGUCCAGACGUCUGAAGAACCAGCGCCCGCGCCGCCAACCACCGAUAGUGACGGUCUCAUUACUGCAUCCACAGUCGAUGAAGCAUUGAGGCAGAGAUUGGCCGCUUUCCAGCAACAAGAAGCGAAAGCGAAAGAAGACGGCAACUCAUCCAAAGCCCGCCGCCUGGGCCGCGUGAUCAAGCAGUACCAAGACGCGAUCCGCCUCAACGCCGCCGGGAAGCCCAUCGCUGGGGACGAGCUGCCCACGCCGGCUGGGUACGCGCCCUUGCCCACUGGCGGCGUGAGUAUGAUUCGCACCCCUAUGCGCGUCAAACAAGAAGCAAAAGCGAAAGAAGACGGCAACUCGUCCAAGGCUCGCCGCCUGGGCCGCGUGAUCAAGCAGUACCAAGACGCGAUCCGCCUCAACGCCGCCGGGAAGCCCAUCGCUGGGGACGAGCUGCCCACGCCGGCUGGGUACGCGCCUUUGCCCACUGGCGGCAGUCCCGCGGCCGCUCCCGCUCCCGCGCCGCGCGCCCCCGCCCCUACCCCGCCGUCGCCCGCGCCGUCACGUGGUUCCCAGGCCACGCCCCCUUCGCGCCACGACAAGCAACUAGCGCUCUUAUUGCACAGGCAGAAGCAGUUCAGGGAAGCCGCUAUCAAGGCGAAGAAGGCUGGUGAGUCAGGACAACAACAAGGCUCGCAGGCCACGCCCCCUUCGCGCCACGACAAGCAACUAGCGCUCUUAUUGCACAGGCAGAAGCAGUUCAGGGAAGCCGCUAUCAAGGCGAAGAAGGCUGGCCACGCCCCUUCGCGGCAUGACAAGCAACUAGCGCUCUUAUUGCACAGGCAGAAGCAGUUCAGGGAAGCUGCUAUCAAGGCGAAGAAGGCUGGCUCGCAGGCCACGCCCCCUUCGCGCCACGACAAGCAACUAGCGCUCUUAUUGCACAGGCAGAAGCAGUUCAGGGAAGCCGCUAUCAAGGCGAAGAAGGGACAACAACAAGGCUCGCAGGCCACGCCCCCCUCGCGCCACGACAAGCAACUAGCGCUCUUAUUGCACAGGCAGAAGCAGUUCAGAGAAGCUGCCAUCAAGGCGAAGAAGGCUGGCGACAUAGAGCAAGCUAAAGAGUACCUGCGCGCCGCCAAAGGCUUCGACUCAGUGAUAGAAGCGGCCAAGGGUGGAUUAGUGGUGGAUCUGAAGAGUCUUCCAUUACCACCUCGCGCUCACAAGCAACUGGAAAACACCUUCGACAUAGUAUCGGCUGAAGACUGCGGUCCCUCGGACGAGGGUCCAUCCACCAUAACCAUGGACGACGAAGACGUUCUGUCCAGGCUGCACAACCAGCUCACGGCGCAGCUCAAGCUGUGCCUGUCCAAUAGGGACCAUAACAAGGCCAUGGGACACAUAGCGGAGGCGAAUAGGUUCGAGCACAUCGCUGUCAGUGUGAAGCAGGAUUUGGAUGUGGUGGCUGUUGCUAAGAGAUUAGAAUUUAAUUUGCGUUGCCCAAUCACCAUGGACGAUGAAGACGUCCUUUCCAGGCUCCACAACCAGCUCACGGCGCAGCUCAAGCUGUGCCUGUCCAAUAGGGACCAUAACAAGGCCAUGGGACACAUAGCGGAGGCGAAUAGGUUCGAGCACAUCGCUGUCAGUGUGAAGCAGGAUUUGGAUGUGGUGGCUGUUGCUAAGAGUCUAGGCCAAAACCCGCCAAAAUUCCACUACGAGUCGCGGCAGUUUUCCAUCGUGCAAUGCAACACAGACAUUAACGAGAACGAGUUAGAGUUGACAAUCGUCCGCGGCAUCGCCUAUAACGUGCCCAACCCGAAAGAAAUUGACACGUACGUCAAGUUUGAGUUCCCGUUUCCACAGGACGCGCCCGUAUCAGACCGCACAGCGCUAGUCAAAGAUACCAACAGUCCUGAAUACAACGCUCGCUUCUCGCUAGCGAUCCAACGCGGUGCGCGCCCUUGCUUACGAGUGUUCAAGCGACACGCCAUCAAGCUUGAAGUCUACUCGAGAGGCGGCUGGUUCCGGAGCGACGCGCUGCUGGGCUCGGCUACCGUGAAGCUGGCACCGUUGGAGACGCAGGUCACGCUGCACGAGGCUUUCCCCCUGAUGGACGGACGGCGGCCGGCCGGCGGCUCCAUAGAAGUCAAGCUGCGUGUGCGCACACCGUUACUACAACAGCAAGUCGAGCAGAGCACGCACCGCUGGCUCGUCAUAGACAACUAGGAGGUACACCUGCACUUGAUAGCGAUUGACUGCGUUUGAUGACGUCACACAGAGUCACUGAAUGGAGCAAUUUGGCAAUACACUGUCACUCUUGAUUAGUUGAGUACUUUCAAAAACACAACCUCUGUAAAAACUUUCCAUCUUAGUCUAACUACAUUUUGAUGAUGUCACACUUAAGCACAGAAUCGCGACUGGGUAGUUGACACAAAUACUUCCAAGACUACUACUUUUGUAAAAACACUCCAUUCUAGCCUUUGACUACGUUUAAUGACGUCACACUUAGAGCAGAACCCACUGAAUGGAGCUAUUGGGAUGUUGAUACCAAUAAUACCAAGAUGCAGCUUCUUAAAAAUACACUUCAUUGUAGUCUUUUGACUCCAUAGAAGUCAAGCUGCGCGUGCGCACUCCGUUACUACAACA